AUGGCACGUAUUCUUGGACCAGUAACUAACAUUGACUCUUCAAUUGUUAACUGUUCUACUAUUGAUAUAACAUGGACUGCUCCUACAGUUGAUGAUAGAGCACUGUAUUACAUACUAAGAAUAUAUGAUGAUAAUACUGCAGUGGAUACUGUAUCAGUAUAUGAUACCAGAAUAUCUAAUAAUAAAACAUUCUCAUAUCAAAGAGUUCCCAGAUCAGCAGUAGAACACACUACACUAGAUACAUUUAAUUAUACAAAAGACACAGCUACUGUUCAAUAUAAUAUUGUGGUUAUAAUUGAGUGUACUGGUGAAGCUCCUGAGAAUGUUACAGUUACUGUAGAAUGUAAUGGAACUGGUGUUGUGUUUAGUAAUACUGAGCUAAUAGAACAGGAAAGACAACCAAAUAAUAUAACAGGAUUACUAUUAGUCCCUCAGUAUCAACAGUGCAAUAUAAGUAUUGUAUUUAGUAAUGAGGCUGGCAGUAGUGAACCAUUCAUACGAACAUUUAAUACUACUCCUCCACUUCCUCCUAACAAUAGUUCAUCACUUUCCACAGUUUCUGUAGCACCAACCAUUGGACCAGGAUCAGACCCUCAAUCAAUGACUACAGGAGCUGUUAUUGGUAUUGCUGUUGGCUGCUUUAGUGCUGUAGUAGUUUUGAUAGGAGUCCUGGUAGCUGUAUUGAUAUUCAUAUGUUAUAAAAAUAGAUAUAAGUACUGGGGCUAUACUCGAACAGAGAAUGACAACAAUGAAUUAAAGCAAAAGGGAACGCAAAUGAGAAAGCAAGGCUGUAAACAGAAGAUAGUGCAGUAGAGCAAGGCAUACAGUAUUUUAUUUUAUAUUUCAUUUUUUAAUUAUGACUGCAUGCAAUAUUAAAACUUGAGGUGAAUGUUGAUAUCUCUAUAAAUUAAU